CAUUAUUUCUUCAAUAAUUAAUUUCUUACACUCCUUCGUGAGCUCCGAAUCGCCACUGUAGCCUUUAUUAAUUAGAAAUGGUUCAAAAUUUAAAUCAAUACUGAUGCUGCAAUUAGUCAAUUGCAUACUCUCUAUAUAUAAACAGAGACAUUUUUUUCAUCAUUCUCACUCUCUUUCUUUUACCUAUAAAAUUUUCUUAAAUUUUUCUUUUUCCUCUUGCACAAACAUGAUCAAGUUCACACUAUUUCUCUUUUGCCUUCUUAUUCUGCUGCCAGUGAUUGUUCGCGGAGAGUGCACUUGUGAUGCUGAGGAAGAAGAAGGAGACCGCAACAAAUCUGAAGCUCUUAAAUAUAAACUCGGAGCUAUAGCUGCGAUCCUUGUCGCUAGUGCAAUAGGCGUUUGCCUCCCACUUCUGAGCAAAUUUAUCCCUGCUUUAAGUCCUGAGAAGAAUGUCUUUUUCAUGAUCAAGUCCUUUGCUGCUGGUGUAAUUCUAUCUACUGGGUUCAUACAUAUUCUGCCUGAUGCGUUCGAGAGCCUGACGUCUCCUUGCCUCGAUGAAAACCCUUGGGGAAAAUUCCCAUUUACUGGGUUCAUAGCAAUGGUGUCUGCAAUUGGAACGCUGAUGGUGGAUACUUAUGCAACUUCGUAUUUUAACAAGUCUAAUCUUAGAAAAGCACAGUCCGCUGUGACUGGCGAUGAAGAGAAGUCCGUCGAUAAUGGAGGUGCUCAUGAACAUAUGCAUGUUCAUACUCAUGCCACUCAUGGCCAUUCUCAUGGUAGAGUCACGGUUCAAGAUUCUGUUCCGUCUGACCUGCUUCGACAUCGAGUUAUUUCACAGGUUUUGGAGUUGGGAAUUGUGGUGCACUCUGUAAUAAUAGGAAUAUCAUUAGGUGCGUCUGAAAGUCCAAAAACAAUAAGGCCAUUGGUUGCUGCAUUGACCUUUCAUCAGUUCUUUGAAGGCAUGGGACUGGGUGGAUGCAUUUCUCAGGCAAAUUUUAAGACAAGGGCAGUAACAACUAUGGUACUAUUUUUCGCCCUAACAACUCCAGCAGGCAUAGCAAUAGGUAUAGGAAUAUCAAAUGUGUACAAUGAAAACAGCCCAACUGCUCUAAUUGUUGAAGGAGUUUUUAACUCAGCAUCAGCUGGAAUUUUAAUAUAUAUGGCUCUUGUGGAUCUUCUUGCUGCUGAUUUUAUGAACCCAAAAGUUCAAGCCAGUGCAAAGCUUCAAUUUGGAGUUAAUGUUUCUCUUCUUCUUGGUGCUGGUUGUAUGGCUCUCUUGGCCAAAUGGGCUUAAGGCACUUUUUUUUUUUCUUUUUCUUCUUUGUUUGAAUUUUUAUCAAUUUAUAAAUAUGCAAGUUUGGCUACUAGUUUAGUGUUUUUUUUUUCUUUUUGCUUGUGUAACCUUUUGAUAGAAAGAAGUAUAUACUGCCUUGUUAAUGUGAAAAACAAUUUGUAUUCAGAUUUUUGAA